GCUUUAAACCACCUCCUGUAGUCUAAAUAGUACUGAAUUAUCGAUAUAAUCAAAACCGGUACUUAGCUGAUAUGUUUUUUAUUAUAUCGCGACUUCGUUUGAUAUUUCAGUUGCAAUAGACAAUGCUAAUAUCUAAUCCCAACUGCCACUUCUCUGUUCAUAAUCUUGAAAAUGAACAACAUGUGUUCAACAUUUGGGUAGUGUAGAUGAUUUGAGCUCAAUGAACCCUCUUCGUUACCAGUUCCAUCGAGCUUCAUUUAUCUUCCACAAUCAUUCACGAUCACCAAACUUCAUUUCCUCUACGUGUGUAUGCAUGAUAUCUACUCUUUCAGUCACCAAUCUCAUUCAAGACCACAUUCGCAAUGGUAACAUAAACGAUGCACGCCAACUGUUCGACCAAAAUCCCACUUGUGACAUCGUCACAUGGAAUUCCAUGAUCACUGGAUACAUUAAAAACAACCAAAUGCAGUGUGCACAUAACCUGUUCGACCAAAUGCCUGUGAGAGAUGUUGUUUCAUGGAACACCAUGAUGUCCGGGUUAAACAAGACUAAAGAACCACACAAACUGUACCAAUUCUUCUUGCAAAUGAUCAGAGCUGGGGUAAUCCCCAACCAGUUCACAUUUUCGACGGUGAUUAGCGGAUUCAUGAACGCGUUUGAUGUCUUGGUUCCACAGCUUCAUGGUCUUAUAGUUCACUUAGGACUUCAUUCCAAUGUCUUUGUGGGAUCAGCAUUGAUGCGGGGCUAUACCCGUUUAAAGGAUAACGAGGCCUUACAUCGCGUGUUCGAUGAUGUUGUUGUAAAGGACGUUAGCACAUGGAACGCGUUGGUUGUAGGUUAUAUGGAACUGGGAUUUACAGUUGAAGCACAGGUAGCCUUUGACAACAUGCCUGAGGUUAAUAUCAUUUCUUGGACCACCUUAGUUAACGGUUACAUUAAAAAUAGAAAGAUCGAUCGAGCAAGGUCGAUAUUCGACAACAUGCCAUACAAGAACGUUGUUACAUGGACCGCGAUGAUAAAAGGGUAUGUACAAUAUGAUAACCACAUAGACGCGAUACAUUUGUUCAUCUUGAUGCUCAAAUCAGGAACGGGUCCUAACCAUUUUACCUAUUCUACACUCCUAGAUGCGUGUGCGGGUUGCUCUACAUUUCUCCUUGGGAACCAGCUGCAUUCGUGUAUUUUGAAAUCAGGUUUAGAUCGUGAAGUGGUCGUUUCGACUGCACUUAUCGACAUGUACAUGAAAUGUGGUGACCUUGAAGCGGCAUUGUAUGUUUUCGAGUGUAUGGAAACGAAGAAUACGGUGUCAUGGAACUCUGUGAUCGGAGGUUGUGCGAGGCACGGAUUGGCAAACCGAGCGUUGUGUGAGUUUGAGAAGAUGAUAGAAAGUGGAGCCAAGCCCGAUGGUGUCACAUACGUUAAUUUACUAUCGGCUUGCAUGCACGGAGGAUUAGUUAAAGAGGGCGAACGGCAUUUUAACUCGAUGGGAGUAAGAUACGGAGUUAAAGCAGAGAUGAAGCAUUAUAGUUGCAUGGUGGAUUUAUAUGGGAAGUCCGGUGAGCUUGAGAAAGCAGAGAAACUGGUGAAAGAUAUGCCGUUUGAACCCGAUGUGGGUGUGUGGGGUGCAUUGCUUAGUGCUUGUGGUUUACACUCGCGAUAUGAGCUAGCAAACGGGCUUGAGAAUCUGGCACACGAUUAUCCCACUAUAUACUCGAUGCUAGUAAAGCUCCAUGGUGAAAAGGGUGAGUGGAGUCGUGCCGUUGAGAUGAGGAACAAGAUGAUGGAAACCGGUGCUAGAAAACAAAAGGCCGGUAGCAGGACCGAUUAACCGAGUCGUGCCUGAUAAUUUUCAGGCUACGAUAUUGAACCCGCUGAUGUUAUGUAUUUGUAGUUAAAUUUAUUAAUGCAGAAGCAACUCAAAUGAAUCAUACACAUUUUUCCCUCUCGCGGUUAAUGACAAAUAUAACCCUCACCCAAAAAAAUACGAGGGACAAAUUUGAAUUCUUA